GCUCCAUCUCCCACUUCCCAUAGAGGCAUCACCAAUUCACCAUCCAAAAAGGAACAAACCGCAAAGUUGGAAAACCUACAUACAUUGCUCGCAAGUAGCAUCUGCAAAUCUUCCAACUCCACCAUGUUCGGUUCCGCACGAAUCCUCUCCGACGUCACUCUCCGCCUCCGUCAAAACCUUUCGGUUCACGGUGUGCGCGUGCAGAACAUAAACAUCGGAGGCGGUGUGGGAGGCGAGAUCCCGGACAACAAGCGUCUGGUGUACGCUCUUCAGAACCUCCACGGAAUAGGCCGUUCCAAGGCGCAACACAUCGUCGCCGAGCUCGGCGUCGAGAACAAAUUCGUCAAGGACCUUAGCAAGAGAGAACUCUAUUCCAUUCGUGAAUUGCUCUCCAAGUAUCUCAUCGGAAAUGAUUUGAAAAAGUGUGUUGAGAGAGAUGUGGGAAGGUUGGUGGGCAUUCAGUGCUACCGAGGGAUUAGACAUGUUGAUAGCUUGCCAUGCCGCGGACAGAGGACUCAUACAAAUGCACGCACCAGGAGGAGCCGGAAAACUUUCUCCGGAUCCAGAUAGGUUUCUUAUGUGUUGGAGUCAGCUUCACUUAUAAUAUGGAAUGCACAUUUGCUGGACCAGUGAGUUCCCAAUAUUCAAGUUUCUUGAGUGCAGUGCAAUUUUCCACUAUAUUUUCCCAAUUUGUUGCUAUUCCAAGGCUCAAUUAUUUUGCACUCUUUUGUCUUUAAUUUUGUGAAAUGCACUGAAGUUAUUGCGAUGGAAUGUGUUGGUAGGUUGGACCAUUGAUGUUUAAUGAUAAAUGAAAACAAUCCAAGCUACUAACUUAUGAAAUGUGGCAGAGGAUGGUGUUAAUGUAUCAAGCUAGAAAAAAAAUUCAACUUUUAUGCUUUCUA